AUGAAUUUACUAUUUUAUGGGAUAUUGAUCCUUUAUUUUACAUUAACCAAGGCUAAUAUUCGCCUUUUAUCUCCUACCUCUAUAUCAGAAGAUUUUGACUUUUCUAAAGGUUCUCCAAUUAAUGCUAAAUGUCAUGAUUUAACAGAAAAAGAUACAAAUAUAGAAACAAUAAUUUUGGGUGAAUCAUAUAAUGUUAGUUGGAUUGAUUUGGAAAAAUUAAAUGGUUUAUAUACAGUUGAAAUUCUUGAUUUUGAUACAUUUGAUGUUUCAACAUCAAUACCACUUAAAAAUAUUAUACCAAAACCUAAUUCUGAUUCUCAUAUAUUUACAUCAACAAUUAAUCUUAAUAAAGAUAUUAAAGAAUGUGAUAAAUGUUAUUUAAGAUUAGUACAAUCAGCAACAGAAAAAAAUCAAGUAGAAACAUUAAAUUUUAUAUCAUGCUCUCUUGUUAAAUUAGUUAAAGAAGGUGAACCAAGUGAAGCAUUUAAAACAACAAAUAAAGAUUGUAUUGAGAAUGAUGAUUGUUUAAAUGGUGGAAAAUGUGAUAAAGAUAAUAAAUGUUUUUGCAUUAAUGGUUUUUAUGGAAAAAAAUGUGAAGAAAAUAGUGAUAUAGAACAUUUUAAAAAAAUAUUUAAAAGUAAAAAUUAUGAAGAAAAAGAUUUUGCUGAAGGUGGUAAUAAAUUAUAUUGGAGAAUUAAUGAUAAUGAAGAAGUUGAAUUUGUUUUACAAUUUCCGGUAAAUUCAUGGGUUCUUACUGGUAUAAGACCAUUUAAUUAUAAAAAAACCUGCCCAGCAAUUAAUUAUAAAGAGACAGCUUUUAAAUUAGAAAAUAUUUCAACAAAAAAACCUUUACAAAAGAUUGAUGUUCAAUUAAAUUCAACAAAUAUAUGUAAAGAGAAUGAAGUAAUGUUUGAUUGUCCUGAAAUUAGUAGAGAAUGUGAAACAUCCUGUGACUGGACAGCUCAACCUGAUUCUAUACCAAAAUGUACUAAAGAAUGUGGUAAAGAACCAAGAUGUGUUUGUAAAGAUGGAUAUGUUAGAGCUGGAAAUUUAAAUGAUACUUGUGUUCCAUUUUUACAAUGUCAAGAAGAAAUUGAAGAAGAAUGUCCAAAAAAUUCAACAUUUUCAAAAUGUGGUACUUCAUGUGAACCAACAUGUGAAAAUAUGUAUGAUAGUAAAGAAUGUUUCUCUGAAUGUGAGACUCCAUCAUGUACAUGUAUUGAUAAUUUUGUUAAACAUAAUGGAAAAUGUAUCUUUUGGGCUGAGUGUCCUAAUGUUUUAUUACAUCUAUCAAACACAACAGGAGAAUCAAUUAAACCACAAUUUAUUGAUAGAGUUAAAGUGAAAAAUAAUAUUUUAUCUACAACAACGACACUCUCACCACCAAAUGUUCCAACACCAAGUAGUAAAAAUGAAGUAAAUGGUGAUUUACAUUGUCCUAUUAAUGAAACAAUUAAUGAUUGUGGUAAAAUUUGUGAAGCAGAUUGUCUUACAAUAUUUGUUCGUGAACAAUGUACAAAUUGUGGUGAAAAAGAAUGUGCCUGUAAACAAGGUUAUGCAAGAUUAAAUGGAAAAUGUGUCUAUUGGGGUGAUUGUCCAUUGACAACAGAACAAGUUAAUAUAACAACAUCAUUAGGAAUCACGACAACUGCCAGUAUUCCAACACAAGAAGAUAGUGUUCCAGCAAGAGCUCAAUCAAUUAAAACUGUAACAAAUGUUAAUAUUGGUGAAAAAAAUUCAUUUAAUUCAUUAAAAGAAUUUACAAAACCAUCAAUAAAUGAUGGUGAGAUAACUGAAGAUGAAGCUGAAGUAUUUGGAGAUGAUUGUUUUGGUGAAUUUAGAUAUCCUGCUGGAUGUUUAUCUGGAGAUUGUGACUAUAGAUUAUCAUGGAAUUUAGAUGACUUAUCUGAUAAUAUUGAAUUUUCAAUUGAAGCAAAAAUAUCAACAAACUAUUGGACUGGUGUUGGUUUUUCAAAGACUGGUCAUUUGACAGAUUCUGAUUUUAUUGCAAUUACCUCCAUAAAUAAUAAUUUAAAUGUUGUUGAUUUAUACUCUGAUACUACAUCACUUCCAAAGAUUGAUAAAGAUCAAAAUAUAAAUAAAUUUCAUGGUGAACAUACAAAUGGUAUGUUAAAAGCUGAAUUUGUAAGACCAAGAGUAACACUUUUUGGUGAUACAAAAGAGGAUGCUCAAUUUACUGAUAAAGAAUGUUUUAAAUUUAUAUUCCCUGUUGCUGGAAAAGAAUUAGAUAAUGGUGUUAUUACAACUUUCCCAACAGCUCCAAUUGUUUCAGAAAAUGAAAUAUGUAUUAAAAAAUGUAAAGAAUGUAUUUCACAAUUUAAAUAUCCACAAGGUUGUGAAGGUGAAGAAUGUAAAUAUAUUGCUAAUUGGAAUGUUGACAAAAUUUCUGGUGAAGUUGAAUUUGAGAUAUCAUCUAAAGGUAUUGGAAGAUGGACUGGUAUUGGAUUCAGUAAAGAUGGUUCAAUGGCAAAUUCUGAUAUGAUUGUUGGUUGGGUAUAUGAUGGUCAAGGUUUCAUAACAGAUAGAUUUUCUUAUAAUAAAGAUGUUCCUGUUAUUGAUGCACCUGAUAAUCAAGAUGCUUAUAUUGUUAAAGGUGAAUUAGAAGAUGUAACUCAAACAAUUGUAUUUAAAAGAAAAAUUAUUACAACAGAUACAAAAACAGAUUUCCCAUUAAAUGAAUGCUACUAUUUCUUAUUCCCAGUUUCUGGAGGUCGUAUUUUAGCUAAACAAGUAGAUGAUUUUAAGAAUCCUAAAACACCAAUUGGAUCUCAUGACUCAACACCAAUUGUUAGUUCAGAAAAAAUAUGUAUAUGUGGAGCUGAGAUACCUACACCAAAAAGAUUUAGGAGACAGGUUAACAAUCCAUUUGAUUCAAAAGUUCAUGUUACUGGUGAACUUCCACCAAUGCCAAAAGAAAAUAUCCAAUCAUUUGAAGAUCCACUCCGUUGUAGUGAUGUUGUUCUUAUCUCCUCUAACAGUGAUGGUUUGACAAGAGUUAAAGAUUAUUACGCAUUAUCAUCAAGUUUCGUUAGACCAGAUGAAUUUUAUGGUGGUCAACAAUCAUUAAAUAAUAUUAUUAGUUAUUUACAAGAUGGUAUUGUUACAGUUUCAUUUUCAAGAAAACUUAAUUCAAAUGAUUUUGUUGAUCAAACAAUAGAUUCAGAUAAUAAUAAAGCAAUGACAAUAUUAUUUGCUCAAGGAAUAUUACCAAAUCCUGAAAAAAUAGAAUCAAUUGAUUUAGAUGAAUUGGUAAGUAAUGGUGGUGCUCCAGGAACUGAUACAAAAUUGUAUGUAUUUGGUAAGAAUUUCACUACCCCAGAUAAAAGUAAAGAAACUAAAAUUGAAAAACCAGAAAUUUUACAAUUCAAAGAUGAGGGAGAAAAAGUUGAUGAUAUAUUUAGUAAAACUGGAACAAUUGCUGUUGCCAAUGCAUCUGGAAGAAUUCUUCCCAAAGCUGUUGAUGAUUGUGAUGAUUAUUUUAAAUAUCCACCAUCAUGUAGUGAAGAUGAUUGUAAAUAUCUUGCAAAAUGGAUAGUUGAUAAUGGAACAAUUACUGUUCAAAUUAAGGCCAAACAAUCAAUUAAUAGAUGGACUGGUAUUGGAUUUAGUCCAGAAGGAUCAAUGUCUGGCACUGAUCUUAUUGCUGUUUCUGUUUUAGAUGAUGGUACUUCAACUAUUACUGAUCAAUUUGUUCCAGAUUAUAAUAAACCAACAUUAGAUACUGAUCAAGGUAUCUUUGAUUUAGUUACUAAAUAUGAAAAUGGUAUUGUUUAUGCUAAAUUUAGUAGAGAACUUCAAACAAAUGAUAACAGUAAUGAUGUCAAUUUAGAAGAUGAACAUUGUAAUUUCUUUAUUUAUCCUGUUAGUGGUGGUGAUAUCAUUGAUAAAGCUGAAAUACAAAUUCAUGAUGAAAUUCCAAUUGUUAGUGAGAAAAAAAUAUGCCUUAAAGCUUGUGGUACUAGAAGUGUUAAAAAAGAACCUGUUUUAGCUAUUCCAAUAACUCCUGAAAUUGAAAUAACUACAACUAAAUCAGUUGAAGAGACAAAAUUACCAGUUGAAGAAAAAGAAACUAUAACAACACCUUCAAGUGAUAAUAAUACAUCUGAAAAUGAAAAAUUAACAGAAAAAAUUAGUGAAAUUUCUACAACAACAUUUGAAAAUAUGUCAGAAGAUACAACAAUUAAAACAACAACUGAAGAAGAGAUAAACUUUGAAAAUAUAAAUUUAAAUCUUCCUGAAAAAACACCAAAUGAAAAUAUUGAAUCUACAACAUUAAAAUCUAUUGAGGUAACUGAAAAUGUUGUUACAACAGAAGAAGUACAAACAACAGAAAAAAUACAAACAACUAUAGAAGAAAAAGUAACAGAAGAAAAAGUUACUGAUGAAGCAACAGCCACAACAAUAGAAUCUAAAGGUACUGAAGGAAAUGUACCAAGUCAAACAACAGAAAAUGUUACAGAAAAUAGUGAAACAACAUCUAUGACUACUACAAUAACAACAGAAAGUGUUAAAAAUAUAACAAGUAAUGAAAAUAGUAUAACUUCUGCUGAAGGAAUAUUUACAACAGAAAAAAGUACUACACAAUCAAAAGAAAUUAUUGAAUCUAGUACAAAUAAAGAUAUUGAUGAUGAAGAUGAUCAAAUUAGUAAAAAUAUAAUUAAUUCUAUUCAAAAUGCUGGUAUAAUUAAUAGUUCUGAUGAACCAACUGAUGGAAUAACAUUAAUUCUUAGAAUAUUAAAUAGAAAAUGGGAUGAUGCUUUAUUAGAUAAAAAUAGUGAUAUGUAUAAAAAUUUAACAAAAGAAGUUAAAGAAACUGUUCAAAUAAUUAUUAAAGAUAAAUAUCCAACAUUAGCAUAUGAUAGAAUUCUUAAAUUUAAUAAAGGAUCUGUUCUUGCAUAUGUUCAUUUAGAAGAACAAUCAUUAAUAGAAAAAGAAAAAAAUGAUAUGAGUGAAGAACAAAAAACAGUUCCAUCUAUUCAUGAUUUAUCUGAACAUAUUCGUCAAGUUGCAACAUUAGGAACUAUAGGAAAAUUAAAUGUUGAUCCAGAUACUGUUAGAGCAUAUAAUAGUGAAGGAAAUUCUAUUGAUCAAGUUUUAUUAAGAAAUUGGAUGAUUGUUGGAUUAAUUAUAUUUGGAUUAUUAUUACUUUGUUGUCUUGCCAGUUGCCUAUUCUUUUGUUGUUGUAAAAAAAAUAGAAAACAUGAAAAAAAAGAUAUCAUUCCACAUUAUGGAUAUAAUGAUUAUGAUAAUAAAGGAUAUAAAUCUUCAAUGAAUAAUGUUUCAGCAACUUAUACAGUUAAUCCAAUUUAUUCAACAACACCUGGUAGUGUUAAUGGAACAAUGAAAAUUUAUAAAAAUAAUGGAGCAACAUCACCAUCAUCACAGGUAGGAACACAACAAAUGUCAAUAUAUACAGGUGGUGAAAAUCAGAAUACCGGUGAUAUGAAUAAUGUUCCAGAAGGUCUUGGAGAGACAACAUAUACUGAAUGGCAAAGAGAUGUUGCAUCAAAAGAUACUCCAUCACAUGUACAAGAAUCAACAAUUUAUCAACCAGCUAUCUCUUCAACAUUAACACGUCAAACAUCACCAUACAUAACAUAUCCAAAUGAACCAACAUACUACUCAAUGAAUAAUGAUCCAAGAUAUGGACAUCCAAUUCAACAUCAAAAUUCACCAAUAACUCAGUCAGGUUAUUAUAGGCCGUAUUAA